GGAGCCGGCCCGGCUACUCAGAGGCCGGCUUCCUAGCUGCUCCGGCUCCGAGCGCGCGGCUGGGCGUCUCUCGAUUCCCCCGGCCAUGGAGAGGCUGACGUUGCCUUCCGGCGGCAAGGCGGUCGUGGACGAGUACUUGGAGUACCGAAGAAUUGUUGGUGAGGACGAUGGAGGGAAACAUUUUACUCCUGAAGAAUAUGAAGAAUACAAAAAAAAAGUAUUACCGAUGCGCUUACAAAACAGAUUAUUUGUGAGCUGGAGAUCACCAACUGGAAUGGAUUGUAAACUUGUGGGUCCAGAGACACUGUGUUUUUGUACACAUAGGUAUAAACAACAUAAAACUGACUUUGAAACGAUUCCACAGCAGCGCCCCAUUAGUCUCCCUUGCCGAGUGACUGGCUGCCAGUGCAGGGCUUACCUUUAUGUCCCUCUCAAUGGUGCGCAGCCCAUUCGCUGCAGGUGCAAGCACUUUGCCGAUCAGCACAGGGCUGCGCCUGGCUUUAUGUGCAAUGCCUGUUCCAAGUGUUCAGGAUUCCAUAGUUGCUUCACUUGUGCUUGUGGUCAGCCUGCAUAUGCUCAUGACACAGUAGUGGAAACUAAGCAAGAAAGACUUGCUCAGGGAAAACCAGUGGGACAGGAUGUCCCUUAUGCAGCAAUGGGAGGUUUGACUGGCUUCAGCUCACUGGCAGAAGGCUACAUGCGAUUAGAUGACAGUGGGUUUGGUGCACCUUCAAUGGAAUUUUUAGACUCUCCAGUUACAGCCAUGGACCACCCAUUUCUGAAAGCAUUUCAAGCAUCAUCUAGUUCUUCUCCAGAAACACUAACAGAUGUAGGUACAAGUGGUCAAGUUUCUUCCUUAAAGAGACCUGAAGAGGAUGAUAUGGCUUUCUUUGAAAGACGAUACCAAGAAAGGAUAAAAAUGGAAAAGGUUGCUAAGCAGAAAGGAAAAGCACCAUUGCCAUCAAGUACAAAACCUUCAUGAAGACUAUCAAAUUAAAACCAUCAUCCAAAUAGGUUUUGUUUGUGUUUAUUUAAAUACAAUAAUAGUUUAUUUUCUCCCAAAUUAUUUACUUCUUUUACUAUGUAAAAAUGUCAUUUUGGUUGUUUCCUUAAUUUUUUUAAAAAAUUUUUUAAAUAUUUAUUUUUGAGAGAUCAAGAGAGAGAGAGAGAGAGAGACAGAGUGUGAGUGGAGGAGGGGCAGAGAGAGAGGGAGACACAGAACUUGAAGCGGGCUCCAGACUCUGAGCCGUCAGCACAGAGCCUGACGCGGGGCUCGAACCCACGAACCAUGAGAUCAUGACCUGAGCCGAAGUCGGACGCUCAACUGACUGAGCCACCCAGGUGCCCCAUUGUUGUUUUCUUAAUUUAUUUAAACAAGUGAGAAUACUUUAUAUUACUUCUGUCAAAAGUCAUGAUUUCAUAUCUUGUAUAUACUUUUUGUCUCUCCUAACAAAUGAGGUUAUUUUCAUAUUAGUCAAAAUGAGAAAAUACAGUAACUGUUUUUAGUCUGUCAUACAUUAUCUUUUUAAGGCUAUUUAGAAAAUUAAAUAUGUUAUUGAGGGUUUUGACCACUGCUUAAAAUGAGUAAGUUAAAAUCUUGAUUUUUUAUUUUUCAAGCUUUGUAAUCUUGAUUUAUGUUUUUAAAUAAAAAGCUAUAUUUUAAAAUUA